CGCGUCAGUGUGUGCGUGGCAGCCUCAGAGGAAGGUCAUAGCCUCUCGCCUCUCUGUGUGCGUGUGUGUGUGCGUGUGCGUGGAGAGGAGGAGAACGAGUGUACAUGUGUGCGUGUGUGUGUGCGUGCGUGUGUGUGUGUGUACGUAACGAACGCACACACUAACAGAGAAAUAAGUGUAUAUAUUUUUCAUUUAAUAAUAAUAAUAAUAAUAAUAAUAAUAAUAAUAAUAAUAAUAAUAAUAACAAAAGAGAGAAAGAGAGAGAAAGAAAGAAAGAGAGAGAGAGAAAGAGAGAAAAACAAAGAAAAACACUCAUAUGUACGUUAUUCUGAUGUGUACAUAGGCUUGUGUACGUAUUUUUGUGUGUACGUGUGUGUGUACGUGUGUGUGUGUGUACGUGUGUGUGUGUGUGUGUGUGUGUGUAGCAACCAUGUCUGCUAUUAAAGUCGCCGUGAGAGUGAGGCCCUUAAGUAACAAGGAGGCGGAGAGGGGAGGUAAACAUGUCCUGAACGUGUAUGACAACGCCCUCUCCAUUACUGACAUCAAGGUACCGUUGGGCUUAGAAGGGCAACCAGAUCACAGAGAGAGAGUCCGGCACUUCACCUAUGACCUGACCUAUGGACCCACGCCCCUGCCACUCCCGAGGGUCAUAACGCCCUCUACCACGCCCCCGGAAGCUUUGAAAGAAGACAAGUUUAUUCAUAAGCCUAAAGGAAAGACUGCAGGAAGACAAGGAGUUUAUGGGACAAUUAGAGCGAGUAGAGAAAAUAGAGAGAGUGAGAGAGGUGAAGAUAUUAUUAAAGGAAGGACAGCGAGUGAGGAAAAUGAUAGUGAUCGUGGAAAAAAGGAGGAAAUGAAGGAAAAGGAGAUAUUUUAUGGGUUUGAGAAGGAGGUGGAGAUGGAGAAGGAAAAGGAGGAGGAGGAGGAGGAAAGAGGAGGAGGAAGAGGAAGAGGAAGAUGACGCAGUGAAGCAGCAGGAGAAAAUAUACGAUGACCUCGGGAAGGACAUCGAGGAGGCUGUGGUGUUGGGCUACAAUGCUUGUGUACUUGCUUAUGGCCAGUCUGGGUCAGGAAAGACCUAUACUAUCUUAGGAACUCAGGACGCCCCAGGUUUGGCCCCCAGGAUGUCAGCAGGACUCCUGGCGCGGCUGCAGGACCGCUACAGACCUGACGACAUAUGUGCCAGUGACUUCUCCCUCACCCUCAGUCUAGUUGAGAUCUACAAUGAGAGAGUGAGGGACCUCCUGGCGCCCACCCCCUGCCCACGGCCGCCCCCUGCGUGUGCGUGAACACCCCCGCGCACUGGACCUUACGUGGAUGGAGUCACCCGCCACGCCGUCAGCUCAGCGAAGGAGGCGUGGUCUCUGCUGGCGCGGGGGCAGGCAUGUCGCAGCGCGGCGCCCACACCCUCCCACGCCCACUCCAGCCGAUCCCACGCCCUGUUGACCCUGGAGGUUGUGCAGCCCCACGCCCACACACGCUCCGCUCUCACCCAGGUGGAUCUUGCGGGCAGUGAGCGAGGGGGGGGGGAGGGGAGGGUGACAAGACGCGCCUGACAGAGGGAGCUUACAUCAACCGCUCCCUUGUCACCCUGGGGAAUGUGAUCAGCGCCCUUGCCGAACGUGGCUUGACAGAAGGAUCUACGCGGGCGGGUUCCCUGACAUCCUUGAGAAGCACAAGUGUUCCUAGUCUGCCCACAUCUUACGCUACCUUCAUGAGUGAGGGUGCGCAGGAGGGCCGGAGGAGGGGCAGAGGAAGGAGCAGUGAAGGAGGAGGAGGAGGAAGAAGAGGAGGAGGAGGAGGAGGAGGGUCAAAUCUUCCUUUUAUUCCAUACAGGGACUCUGUGCUGACUUGGUUAUUGAAAGACACUCUUGGGGGGAAAUGCGAAAGACUGUCAUGAUUGCUACCGUGUCUCCGUCCAGCACCAGCUUCUCAGAGACCGUGGCUACGUUAAGGUACGCUGCAAGGGCGCGCUGCAUCAUCAACUCUCCCACCGUAAACCUGGACGCCAGUGCUGCCACCAUUUGUGACCUGAGGAAGGAACUGGCCCGCCCUCAGACGACUGUUAUGUGUGGAGUCCCGAACCACACCCCCCCUUACCCAGGACGCCCUCGACACCACCACCACCACCACCCUGGACCCAGAACUGAGAACCCUGGCGUGGCUUACAGGCGUGGAAAGAGGAACUAGGGGCGUGCAGACCACCACCACCACCACCUCCACUGAUGCCAUGACCAGCCCACGCCCUCCGCAGCCCACGCAUGACCGGGGGACGUGGGUGCGGGCCGUGGGCGCUGGGAGAGUGGGCGUACUGGUAGAAACUGAUUUGCCAUAUCUACUGAAUACCGUAGAAGAUUUGUUUGGUGACAGUGUUGUGAUUUACCAUAUACAGACGGGCGCCUCAGUAAUGGGGUGUGGGGAGGGGGUGGAGCUCCCCCUACAAGGAGAGGGUGUCGCUGCCGCCCACUGCACCGUCAUUCACGCCCACGGUACAGUAACUAUACGGGUGCGGGCGGGAUGCGAGGUGACUGUGGGCGGAGAAGUGGUUGGCGCUGGUUGUGGGCGGCGCCUUCAGGAUGGAGACGCCCUUGUGAUUGGUUGCCGUGUGUUUACCUUCCACACGCCCACGAGAUCACGCCCACAAAUCACCGCACGCCCACGACGAGAGACGUGGACGCAGAGUGAGGAAGCAGGGGAGUGCCCACGCCCACACUGCUCCCACCACGCCCACGACACCGCACCCACGCCAUCCUCAACCCACACCUACACGCCCUGGUCCCACGAGGCCGUGGAGGGCCGCCACCACGCUGCCGCCGCCGCCAUGGGCCAGGGCGUGACGCACCUGGCGGAGGACCCCCACGCCUGUGCCGGGCGCCGCCGCACCGCGCUGCCGGGGGGGGCGUCCUCCAGUGACUCCCCCUCAGAGUACGAGGAGGCCGUACAGGGGCAGGGGCGCGCCCCCGGCCUGCCCCCCACGUCCCACACGCGCUCUCUCACCCACUACUUCGGGUCCUCGGCGCCCAUGGACACCUGUGCCUCCCUGGACUCCCGACUGGCGCAACUCUCCGCCGCGGCGCCCUCCAGGGACCUGUUCCUGGAACUUGGGGGAAGCAGGGCGGCUCCUCCUGACUCCGCCUCGCCACUCACCUCGCCCUCCGAGACGCGGCGCCGCUGGGACAAGAGCGUGUGGCCCGAGGUGGAGCGCGGCCUGCGCAGGAACCACAGCCUGCCUGACGUCACCCUGGGUGCACGCCGCGCCGCGCGAGGCUCACACGCCUCCUUGGGAGCCGCCUCCCCGUCCUCCUCGUCGUCGUCUUCGUCGGCGGGGUCCAGCGGCGGCGCGUCCACCGCCUCGGAGGAACGCGAGCGGCGCCAGCAGAUCAUCGAGGCGGUGACGCGGCGCCUGUACCCCGGCGCCGCCACCACCACCACCGCCACCACUACCACCACCGCCACGCCCCGCCGCGGACCACGCAAGCCUGCGGACCGCGUGCCCGCGCCGGGGGAGCGUGUAUGUGGGUGCCGCAGGAGAGAGGUAGACACGCCCCCUACACGACUCCCCGCCAGGCAGACAGCCUCUGAACCCAGCACGCCUCGGGGCGCCAGGCGCCUGCCGCCGCUGCCCCAGGCGGCGCGGGGUGAGGCGGGGCAAGGAGGGCGCCUGUGCCGCCUCACCACCAGCACCACCACCACCACGCGGCGCGAGUCCCGCACCACCACCACCACCACCACCUCGCUCACCGCCACCAGCAGGUCGCUGGCCACCACCACCACCACCACCACCAGGAUCCCCAGGCCGUCAGGGGGUGCCGGCGGACCUGGUACGCAGGAGCGGGGCGUGGGCUGUGACCUGGUGGGGGCGGGGCCGUGCGGGGCAGGGGCUAGGGGGCGUCAAGACCACAAUGCCAAUACGGAGCGGCGUGGCUCAGGCCCCAGCGACCCCGGCAGCGGACCCACCACUCCUCCCGCCCCGACCCCUAGCCCGCCCCAGCCCGAGGAGGCCCCCUCGGCGCCGAGCGAGGCGGAAUACUUCUCUGAGGACAGCCUGGAGCUGGCAGAGGCGGACGAAGCGCCCCCCAGCAGCGCCCCCAGCAGGGUGUGUGUCUCGAGGCGUGACGAGGACGAGGUGUCCCUGGGGGAAAUCAGCAAAGACUCCCUCGAGGACAGCAUGACCAGCACUGACCUGCAGGAGGCGCUGGCGGGGGGGACACCACGAGGGGACGAGGACCUCUGCAACACAGGCGCCCCGGGGAGAGUGCCCGCCUUGGGGGAGACGCAGGACGCCUUCAUCCGUUCCUUCUUCAGGUCUGUGGGCAGCCUGGACCACGUAGAGCCCCUAGAAGAGGAGGAGGAAGACGUGGACGAAGAGGAGGAAGAGGUGGAGAAGAUGUCCCUGAGUGAGGAGGAGAGUGGCGCCCACUCACAGACCCUGAGCCAGAGCCAGGCGUCCCGCGCGUCGCCACAUCGCCGCUCGCCGCCAGGCAGUCCCCACAGCUCCCCAGACCACCGCCACGCCGCGGCCUCCCCCAGGCUACAGCGAAGGUGGCUGCGGGAGCGGGCGGAGCGGCGCCUGCUGGAGGGCGUCAGCUCAGAGGACAGUGAUGGGGAUUCCAGCAAGCAAGACAAGCACAAGAAGAGGCGCUACCGCAGGGCGUCCCUCCCCUUGCCGUGUCCCCAGCAGCAUGUGGAGGACUUGCCUCACUCCCAGUCACAAUCCUACAUCCCCCAGAGGGACCCACUGAGUCCUUCUACAGGAGCCCCAAGCAGGGAGGCAGGGGCGUGGCAGGCCAGGAGUGAGGCUAAAGAUUCAUGCAGCGAUGUGAAGGACUCCACCCAUCCUUCUGAGGACCUCAGACGCUCUCCGCCGCGCAUUUCCAUUAAAAGGCGCCGUUUGAUCCCUCCAGACGACUCUCAGCGCUCCCACGCCUCACCCCCGCAGCAGGAUACCCCCUCCCCGCCCCUGCAGGACACCUCCCUGGCCCCUUUCCCAGACCCGCACGCUAUCCUAAAGGACUCCGCAAUGCGCCUCCUGCAGGCUGUAAGUCAGGCUGGCCCUUACUCUGAGGCCUCGCAGGAUGCUAUGGCGGAGCUCCUGAGGGCGUCAUCCCAGCGUAUCCUAGCCAUGGGGGACACUCCUGUGGGUGUCGUCAGAACACACGACACACAGGAAAGACAUGAGGAAACACAAGUGAUACUGAAGAAGGCACAGACGGAGGACGCCUCGAGCACUCCUACGCCUCCUACGCCACCAGCACCUCCAGAUCCUACAGCCACACAGGAUACUAGUGCAAAAGUGAGCCUUACAGCGCCAGAGAGCCCUUGGGGGAGCUACAGCGAUGAGGGAGACGAGGCGAUGGGCGAGGGGACAGACAGCAACACUACUUACUCCACCUCAGCAUGCACCCCCGUGGCUUCCCCUGAUGUAGGGUCUGGGGACAGCUCGUGGGAGGACUUAGAAAUGGAGGAGGUGUGUCAGAAGGAGAUAGGACCCUCCCAAAUGCAAGUCAUCUCCUCGGAAUUCACGCCGAGGACCGCACGGCGCCUUCUGUACACGAUAAUUGAAUGCAGCGAAGGGAGUAGAUCUGAGGGCAUGACAUCCGACGCCGUGCCUUCAGACUGGGAGGAGACGCCGACAGAGGAGGAAGACCACGAAGAACCCGAGGAAUAUGAAAGUUACGGGCGCCUCAGUUCCUCCGACGACACCGCCUUGGACACAGUACGACCCGCUGUUGACGACCCCCACGACUCCUUGUCUUGCGUUUCUGAUGACUUCCUUGGUGAGAGGUUAGAGAGGAGUGAGGGGGCCGCCACCAGGAGACCCCAUAACCUAACAGGAUCCUUAGAAACUCUCACUCAGGGUUUAGGACACAUUGAUAAGUCCGGUUUUGACUUUGACAAUGUCCUGACGAAAUCCAGAAGUUGUGAGAGUUUGGGAGUGGACGUGAGAGUGAGCAGUGGGAUGAAAGGGAGGGACUUCGGUGAAAGAGGAAGGCUAUGCAAGGAGAUGAAGGAGAGAAGGGAAAGGAGAGUUAGUGAGGGAGGUGAUGAGGUUGGGAGAGUAGGGGAAAGGGAGAGGAAGGGAGAGGGCAGAGGGAGUGUGCCAGAUAUAGUGCCAAAGUUGGACCUCUCCCUUGUAACUCCUGCUGUCUCCUCUUCCUCUUCCUCUUCCUCUUCCUCUCAUCCUCCUCCUCAGCCAUCGACUUCCUCUUACUCCCCGCCCUCUCACAUCUCUCCCUCUUACUCUCCGCCCUCCUACGUCUCUCCCUCUCACUCCGCACCCUCUCAUUUUUCCCCCACUCGCACCCUAGCCUCUCACAUCUCCCCGUCUCACUCCCCACCCUCUCACAUUUCUCCUUCUGACUCCUCCCCCUCUCACUCUCUCCCCUCUUACUUCCGCCCAUUUCACCCACGUUCAUCUUACUCCUCGCUUCCUCAGUCCCCUCCCAUGUACUUCUCCCCUGUUCACUCCUCUCCCUCCUCUCACACGCCUACUCCACCAUGGGACCCUUCCCCCCAUGACACUCUCAGUUCCACACUCGAUCCCGACUCGUUAGAAGUGGAGGUGGAGCUUGAGAGUGGAGUCAGAGAUGGAGGGAGGGAUGUGGAGGUGCUGAGAGAGGAGAGGGAUGAGAGAAGCGUGGGGUUCGUGAGAGGGGAGGAAAGUGAGAGUGCUUGGGGAUCUCUAAGAGGGAGAGAGGAGAGGAGUGGUUUAGGAGAGGCAGUGAGAGAAAGUGAUAGGUUUGUGAGAGAAGGAGAGAGGGCUGUGAGGGGAGUGAGAGAGGAAGGGGUCAUGGAAUUUGAAGACCUUAAAGAGUGGCCGCCUUUACCUCCCCCAGCUCCCUCUCCCCGGCCCUCCCAACCACUCUCUCCCUCCCCCCGUCCUCUCCCGCCCACCCAACCCUCUCAGCCAGCCAUUCUCCCCACCUACGCCCCAUGGGGGAUGUCCGUUCACCCACACGCCCAUUCCCCACGCUCCACACGGCCUACUCACGCCCCAGUACCUGAACUCAGCACUCAAGAGGAGGCCAGCACAGUUACCACACUCAGCACUUCUCGAGUCAGUGAUCUUCAGGCACAAGUCAGCACAAGUCAGCAAGAAAUGGAAGGAAGUGUGGCUAUAGUGACAUCAGUUGUCAGCACUCGGGAUUCACUAGGUCAGUCAGCAGUACUCAAGCCUGUGCAAUCGACUGCUGAUUCGAGCCGUCACUCAGCUGCUGACUAUAGUGCUGACGCGAGUGUAUCAUCUUUGGCAGCGACGUUAGUUCAUACCACGAGUUCACAGAGUGCUGACUGGGCUGAUGCCGCCAGAAGUCAGCAGGAACCAGUCGUUAGUGGUGUGGAAACCUGGCAAGAAGAUCCUCAGUCAGCCGUCAUCAGCACAGAAGUCCGUGUCAGCACAUCAGAGGCUUCAAGGUCAGCAGUCAGCUCUCAACUUUUGCUGAGCUAUGCAAAGGAGCGUGAUAGUGCUUCCCCACCAGUGCUGACACAGUGUGCUGACUAUCCUCAAAUGCUGACUCGUCCUGUGCUACUGUCAGGAAGUGAGGAGCCUGUGCAGACUCACUCCGCUGAUCUGUUGAGUGGUCAGCAAAUAAUACCCAUUCAAGGAACACAAGAAGUCAGCAGUCAGCAGAGAUCAGCAGUGACACAUUCAGCAGUUGAAGUCACCAUCCCACAGCCAGUGCUGACUCAUUUUGCAAGUGAAUCUACAACUUCACAAUCAGUACUGACACAAUUUGAGACACAGGUCAGCACUUUCCAGGCCGUGCUGACACCAUCAGUAUGCCAAGUCAGGAGUCAGGUAGAAGCAAUCGUAGAUGUCACCCAAGCUCAGCAGCAGGCCGCGCAAAGUGUGAUGCAAGUCAGCAGUGAGCAGCAGCUUCAAAAAGACGCUCUGCAGGAUGUCAGCAGUCAGCAGCAGGUGCAGACACAUUCUACAAGCGAAGUCAUCACUCCACUAACAUUUAUGACUCAAUUUGGAACGGAGAGUCCUGCUCCAGUGCUGACGUGGUUUGAUGCUGAAGUCAGCCCUUGUCCAGAAAUGCUGACAUCAUCAUCACACCGGACACUUGGAUCUCAGUCUCUGCUGAUGAGGAAAGUGGUAGAUGUCAGCAGUCCUCCUGUAGAACCAACACAGGCUGUAAUGGGAGUCAGCAGUCAGCCUCAACUUUCAGAACACUCAGCAGAGGAAGUCAGUAGCGAAGAGCAAUCAUUGAUGACAGGUGUACAGAAAGUCAGCUCUCCAAAGCAGGUGCUGAUGCAUGCUGUCAGCGAAGUCACAUCACCACAACCUCAGCUGACACAGUUUGCGAGUGAAAGCCCCACAUUAGUGACAGUGCUGACGCAGCCCAACGAUAAAGAUAGCACUCCCCAGAGACUGCUGACACCAUCCUCACACCUGACAGUCUCUGUAAGUAAAGCUGAAGUGCCUGUCAGCAGCCACGACCCUGCACAAACACAGCAAUCGAGGAAAGUCAGGAGUCAGCACCCAAGUCAGCCUGAAGUCAUAAGUGAAAUCAGCAGCAUUCAGCCAGAUGAAGAACUUGAGUAUUCAGGUGAAGUCAGCAGUCCAGAGACUAUACCAGUGAAGAUCAGCACUCAGCAUGAAGCAAGAGAAGUCAGCAGUCACCACUCAGCACUUCCAGAAGUCAUCAGUAGUCAGCAAACAGCAGUAACUGAUGCCAGCAGUUUGAAACCAGAAGUCAGCAGUCUUGAACCAGUAUCAGCAAAAGUCAGCAGUCAGCAGCCGUUAUCACUUGAAACCUGCGGUCAACACCCAGUUCAAGACAUCAGCAGUCAGCAAUCGUCUGUGGACAUCACUAGUCAGUGGUCAACACUCUCCAGACUUGACAGUUUUGAUCAAUUAGUCCUGGAAGAGGUCAGUAGUGAGCAACCAACAUUAGUACAAGUCAGCAGUCAGCAAGUAACACUGAGAGAUGCUAAAAGUCAGCAGCCAACAACAGGACAAGUCAGCAGUGAGCAGUCAGUUCUAGGAGACGUCAGCAGCCAACAACCAGUACCAACAACAACCAGCCAACCAGUACUCUCUGAAGGCAGCAGUGACCAGUCAUCUGAGUUCAGUAGUCAGUUGCCGACAGUAGCAAAAGUCAGCAGCCAACAUCCAACACCAGUAGCAGUAAGCACCAAACAACCGGUGCUUUCAAGAUCCAGUAGUCAGCACUCGGAACUGACUGAGAUCAGCACUCAGCAACCAAUAUUAACAGGAGUGAAAAGGCAGCAGCCAGCAGCUUCUGAGGUCAGUCAGCAACAACUAGUAACUGAAUUGAUCACUCAUCAAGCAGAGUCAGCACAAGUCAGCGGUCAGGAGAUAAUGUCUGAGGAAGUUACCAGUUUGCAAGAAACCCUAAAAGAAAUUAAAGUCAUUAGUCAGCAAGCAGCAUCAAGAGGAGUCAGCAUUCAGGAACCAAUGUCAGCAAGUGACCAUUCUCUAGAAAUGGAGCUGGAGUCGCAAAGAAACAUCACAUUGACAUUACCAGCACAUUCAGUAGAGCAAGUCAGUAAACAACAAACGCAGCUGACACACUCCACAGGGAAAGUCAGCACUCCUCCAUCUGUGCUGACUCAGUUUGCAAGUGAGAGCACAGUGCCAUUACAGGUGCUGACAGAGAUGGAUCGAACGAAAAGUACUGCACAAAAAGUACUGACACCUACUCUAGAUAUGGGUAGUCAGCAGUCUUCAAUACCUGAAUCUCCAGCAUCAGUGAUAGCUCAAAAAACAGUGCUGACUCAGGUCUCAUAUCAGCAACAACAUGAGGUGACUCUGUCUGCUGUAGAAGUCAGUGCACCUCAACAACCAUCGCUGUUAACUACUGUAAAAGUUAGCACACCUCAGCCAUUAUCAUCUCUCAUUGCUGCUGAAGUCAGCACACUUCAGCAACCACCAGCUCAUACUACUGCAGAAGUCAGCACACCUCAGCAACCAUCAGCUCUUACUGCUACAGAAGUCAGCACACCUCAGAUACCACCAGGUCUUACUGCUGCAGAAGUCAGCAUAUCUCAGCGACUACCAGUUCUUACUCCUGCUGAAGCCAGCACACUUCAGCAAACACCAGGUCUUACUGCUGCAGAAGUCAGCACACUUCAGCAACCACCAGCUUUUGCUCCUUCAGAAGUCAGCACACCUCAGCAACCACCAACUCCUAUUGCUGCAGAAGUCACCACACCUCAGCAACCACCAGCUCUUACUGCUGUAAAAGUCAGCACACCUCAGAGACCACCAGGUCUUACUGCUGCUAAAGUCAGCACACCUCAGCAACCACCAGCUCUUGCUGCUGCAGAAGUCAGCACAUCUCAGCAUCCACCAGGUCUUACUGCUGCUGAAGUCAGCACACUUCAGCAAGCACCAGCUCUUGCUGCUGCAGAAGUCAGCACACCUCAGCAUCCACCAGGUCUUACUGCUGCUGAAGUCAGCACACUUCAGCAACCACCAGCUCUUACUGCUACAGAAGUCAGCACACUUCAACAACCGCCAGGUCUUACUGCUGCAGAAGUCAGCACAUCUCAGCAACCACCAGCUCUUGCUGCUGCAGAAAUCAGCACACCUCAGCAACCACCAGCUCUUACUGCUGUAGAAGUCAGCACACCUCAGAGACCACCAGGUCUUAUUGCUGCUGAAGUCAGCACACCUCAGCAACCACCAGCUCUUGCUGCUGCAGAAGUCAGCACACCUCAGCAACCACCAACUCUUACUGCUGCAGAAGUCAGCACACCUCAGAGACCACCAGGUCUUGCUGUUGCUGAAGCUAGCACACUCCAAAAGCCAUCAGCUCUUACUCCUGCAGAAGUCAGCACACCCCAGCAACCAUUAGAUCUUACUGCUGCAGAAGUCAGCACAUUUCAGCAGCCAUCAGCUCUUACUGCUGCAGAAGUCAGCACACCUCAGCAACCAUCAGCUCUUACUGCUGCAGAAGUCAGCACACUUCAGCAACCAUCAGCUCUUACUGCUGCAGAAGUCAGCACACUUCAGCAACCAUCAGCUCUUACUGCUGCAGAAGUCAGCACACUUCAGCAACCAUCAGCUCUUACUGCUGCAGAAGUCAGCACACCUCAGCAACCACCAACUCUUACUGCUGCAGAAGUCAGGACACCUCAGCAACCACCAACUCUUACUGGUGAAGAAGUCAGCACACCUCAGCAACCACUAGAUCUUACUGCUGCAGAAGUCAGCACACCUCAGCAACCAUCAGCUCUUACUGCUGCAGAAAUCACCACACCUCAGCAACCAUCAGCUCUUACUGCUGCAGAAGUCAGCACACCUCAUCAACCACAAGCUCUUACUGCUGCAGAAGUCAGCAUGGCUCAGCACUCACUAUCAGUGGAUAUCAGCACAUCUGAGCAACCAUCAGCUCCAGCUACUACAAAAGUCAGCACUCUUCGGCAGCCUUCAGCUGUAGAUACCAUAGAAGUCAGCACACUCCAGGAACCACAGAUGCUGACUCAAGCCAUGGGUGAAGUCAGUCCACAAGUUCUGACACAAGCUGUAUUGGAAACUGUCAGCCAAAAACAACCAGAGCUAAGCCAGACUGUUGUACAUGCGAGCUGUCAGGAGCAACAAAUGCUGACACAUCCCACAGAUGAGCUCAGCACUCAUCAGCCACACAGCACACUGGCAAGGGAUACUAUCAUCAGUCAGCAUUUGUCAGAACCAGAGCAAUAUGGGCAGGAAAUUGAGACUCAGCAGCAAAAAGAAGUGAAGUUUGCCAUGCAUGGAGUCAGCAGUGAACAGCAACCGGAACUAACAGAGGCUAUACAAAUGGUUAGCAGUCAGCAACAACUAGAGCUGACAGGAAUCAUACAAGAAGUCACCAGUCACCAACAGUCAGAGCUAACACCAGUCUUGCAAAAAGUCAGCACUCAGCAAAAAGCAGAACUGAAAGAAAUCACACAGGAAGUCAGCAAUCAACAACAACUAGAGCUGACACAAACCACACAUGAAAUCAGUAGUCAGCAACAACUAGAUCUGACACAGAUUACGAAAGAAGUCAGCGGUCAGCAGCAAACAGAAGUGGCACAAGUCACACAGGACAGCCAGCAACGACCAGAACUGAUGCAGACAAUACACGAAGUCAGCAGUCAGCAACAACCAAAGCUGACACAUGCAAUUCAUGAACUCAGCAGUCACCAACAGCCAGACAUGCAGAAAGUCAGCACCAAACAACAAGAGCCAGUGGUGAAACAGGCUAUGCACGAUGUCAGCAGUCAGGAAGAGGAGCUAGAGCUGACACAAGCUAUUCAUGAAGUCAGCAGUGAUCCGGAGCUAACACAGACCGUGGAGAGUAUCAGGCAUCAGCAGCAACCAGAACUAACAUCGGUCAUGCAAAAAGUCAGCAGUCAGCAUCAGCCAGAAGUGACACAGGCUGUAGUUGAAGUCAGGAGUCAGCAGCAGGCACAGCCAACAAAAAUAGUGCACAAAGCCACGAGUCAGCAACAACCUACAGAGGCAGAGGCUGUAGAGGAAGUCAGCAUAUCUCCACCAGUCCCAUUGAAACAGGUACUGAGAGUCAGCACUCAGCAGGAGGCAUCAGAGGAGGCUAAACGAGAGCGAUUGCAAGUAACACAAUCUCUUGAAUUAGAAGAAAGUCAGCAGCUGUCAAUGAGGCAAGUGAUAGCUGGUCAGCACACCUUGACUCAUUCCACCAGCGAAGUCAGCACCCCACAGACAAUGCUGACCCAGUUUGCAUGUGAAGCAACCUCUCCAUCACAAGUGCUGAUGCAGGUGGACAAAGAAUUCAGUACUUCUCACAAAGUGCUGACUUCACAACAAAGAUCCAGUCAUCAAGCAGUGCUGACAGAGGUUAAGGCAGAAAUCAGCCAUCUUGAAACACAAGAAAGACAGCUAGUGGCGGAAAUCAGCAGUCAGCAUCCAGUCCCCGUCGAUGUUUUGGAAGAAUUUAGUACUCAACAUCCAUUAGUCAGCAUUGAGCACCCCAUGAUGCCACAGCAAGCUGCAUCUCAGCACUCAACACUAAGACAACCUCAGGAGGUCAGCAUUCCUCACCAAGAGCUAAAAAUUGAUGCCAGAAAACUCAGCAUUCAGCACCCGGAGCUGACAAAGGAAUUGAACAUAGUCAGCACAGACAAAGGUUCAUUGUUAACACACAUGGCAGAUGAAGUCAGCAUCCCACAACCAGUGCUGUCUCAAUUUGCAAGUGAAAGCAAAACUCCAUUACCGGUGCUGACACAGAUCAGCACUGAGGGUAGCACUUCCCCGCAAGUUCUAUCAUCCUUGCCAGUUCUGACAGAGGCGACAGCUGAAGUCAGCCACCUUGAGCCAGAAGCGAUGGGUGUUGUUAUGCAGCUCGGCAGUCAGCAGUAUGUUCAGACCAAGGUCGUAGAGGAAAUCAGGAGUCAGCAGAAAGAAGCAGCUCACGUAUGGGGUGAAUUUCAACAGAUACCUCAAGAAUUUCUGGAAGUCAUUGUUGAAAAACCAACAACUUCAUCCGUCAGUGAAAGCAGCAGACAAGCCAGCUUAUCACUAUUGCUUCAGGAGGAAGUCAGCACUAUUCCUGAACAUAUGGUGGAAGUCAGCACUCUCCAUCCCUUUCCUGCAGACAAGCUGAUAGAAGUUAGUCAGCAGGCUCCACAAAGACAAGAUCAUGAGGAAGUCAGCAGUACACUGACACCAUUACCUUGUACUGCGGUAAAAUCUAUUGGUCAAGAACAACCAGUACUGAUGGAACCUAUGCUAGAAGUCAGCAGCCAGCAACAGGCAGUGGUGACAGGGUCUGUACCAGCGGCUACAAGUCAGCCACAACCAGUGCUGGUGGAAACUGUAUCAAGAAUCAGCAGUCAGGAACAACCAGUGCUAACAGAGACUCCAACUAGAAUCAGCACUCCUCAACAACCAGUGCUGACGCAGGCUGUACCAAGAGUCAGCAGUCAGGAGCAACUAGUGUUGGCAGAGGCUGUAUCAAGAGUCAGCAGCCAACAACCAGUGCUGACAGGAAGUGCAUCAGUAGUCGGCAGUCAGCAACAGCUGGUCCUGAUGGAAGCUGUAACAAGAACCAGCAGUCAGGAACAACCAGUGCUGACAGAGACUGUGCAGAGAGUCAGCACUCAGCAACAACCACUGGCAACAGAGGCUGUAUCAGGAGCAGUACUGACAGGUGUUCAACAAAGAGUAAUUAGCAAACAACAAGUGCUGACACAUUCCACAGAUGAGAUCAGCGCACAGGAGCCACUGCUAACUCAAUUUGCAAGUGAAAGUGCUGCUCCUCAUCCAGUGCUGACACAGCUUGAGGAUGAGAUCAGCACUCAACAAGCACCGCUGACAUCUGCACUACCCCAGACAACCAGUAGUCAACCAGUGCUGACAGAAACACCUCCCAAGGUGAGUUACCCUCAACCAGGCGUGAUGCAAGCAGUGACGGAAGUCAGCUGCCUCAGUCAACCACACACAGCGGUAGUCAGCACUCAGCAACUAUUGCCGGCACAUUUAGCUAAAGAAGUAAGUCACCUGCCAUUGCUGACACAGACUGCAACACAAUUCAGCAGUCAGCAGCCACUGGAAAUCAGGGUAGAGGAGGAAGUCAGCAGUCAACUACAAGAGCAGGCACCUCACAUGGAUGACUUCAGCAGUACAAAAUCACCAGGCAGCCAGGUCCUAAUGCUGCCACAAGUCAUGGAGGGAGUCAGCACUCAGCAGGCAUGGGCAUCCACGGAGCCUCAGUAUUCAGACCAGAAGCAGCCGCAGGAGAAGGUCUGCAGUUCCCAGAAAUUGCUGAGAGAUUCUGAAGAGGAAGUCACGAGUAGUCAACAAAUUCUUUCAGCACACAGCGUAAGUGAAGUCAGCACUCCUCAAGAUGUACUGACACAGUUUGCUAGUGAAAGUAGUGUUGUAUUACCAGUGCUGACUCUGCUUGAUAGAAGAGUCAGCAGCACUUCUCAAACAAUUCUGACGUCCUCACUGGGAGCAAGAAGUCAGCCUACACCACUGACACAGGCUGUGGGAGAAAUGAGAAGUCUUGAACCAGAGUUGACAGAGACUGUAGAACACGUCAGCAGUCAGCACCAAAUCCAGACACAAGUUGUGGAGAAAAUCAGCACUAUGGACAGUACAAGACAGAAACCAGAUGAGCUAGUCAGCAGUCAGCACUCUCUUUCAACUCUACCUCGGGAAGAAGUCAGCACCACAGAGAUACUGACACCAGCACAGACUGCAUUUCAGAUGGGACUUUCAACACACACCAUCACCCAAGUUGAUAGUCACCAUCCAGUGCUGACUCAGUUUGCAAGUGUCAGCACCACUCCACUGCUAGUGCUGACUGAGUGUGAUGAAGAAAGUUCCUCAUCAGAUAUACUGACGCCAUCCCCACGCCUGACUACUGACCAACCUGUGCUGACGGAGGCUGAGGGAAAAGUCAGGGAUGAAUUGGAGGAGGCACAGCCAGUGCUUAAAGUCAUCAGUCAACCAUCAGUAUUACCCCACUCAGCAGAUGUCAGCAGUAAGCCUCAAGUUUUAUCACAAUCAAUUCCAGUCAGUAGUCAGCCGCAAAUGUUGCCUGAGUCACUAGAAGUCAGCAGUCAGCUGCAAGUGUUGCCUCAAACAGAAGAAGUCAGCAGUCAGCCAUUGGUGCUGCCACGGCUGCCAGAAAUCAGCAGUAAGCCACCACUGUUGGCACACUCAGAGAUUAGCAUUCAGCCAUUGCAAUUGGAAAAGUCAGUAGAAGUCAGCAGUCACCCUCCAGUGUUACCACAAUCAGCAAAAGACACAAAACCAUCAGUCUCAUCACAGGCCUUGGAGUCAGCAAGUAGUCAGCAUGAGAUCUUGACAAUGGAAGAAGUCAGCAUCUUACAACCGGUGCUGACACAAACAAAGGAAGUCAGAAGAGAGCCACAAGUGUUGACAGCAUCCAUGGGACAAAUCAGCAGUCAGCAACCAAUAUCAACUCAGCAAUCUGAUGAUGCUUACAGUCAGCAAUCACCACUGAAACCUUCGAUAGCAGAAAGCAGAGAUGAGGUGCUGAUGCUGACAGAGGCUGUAGAGGAUGUCAGUUGUCCAGCAGCCAUUACAGUUCAGGUGCUGGAGAAGAAGCAGAGUCAGCAACCAGAGCUGACACAUGCUACACAAAAAUCUUUUGGUCAGCACCCACCAGAAGAUUCACAGGGACAAGUCAGCACCCCAAGACAAGUGCUGACACAGGAAAUUGAGGAUUCCAGGACUUGUCAAACAUUGCUGACACAUACUGAGAGUGAAGUCAGCAUUUCACAACCUCUGCUGACUCAGUUUGCUAGUCAGAAUGCUGCUCCAUUACCAGUGCUGACAGAACACGACAGACAAGAGAGCUUUUCCCACACUCAGAUGACAGCAUUAGUAACAAGUGCACCACAACCUGUACUGACACAGUCUUUAGCUGAUGUCAGACAUUUAGAAGCUGACGUGAAACAAACUGUCACAAGAAUCAGCACUCAGCAAGCACUGGAAACACCUGUACUUGAGAAAAUCAGCAGUCAGGAAGAAGAGUCAGUAUGUCCAGUUGAGGAAGUCAGCAGUCAGCUUCCAAGUAUGGCAGAAGACAGUGCUCAGCAUCCUUUGCUAGCAGAAACUGUGGGUCAAGUCAGCACUCAACAUCCGGUGCUGACACAAGCUCAGAAGGAAACUUAUAAACAAAAACAAGUGCUGAAGCAAGGAGUUGAAUUCAGCAUCCCGCAACCAGUGCUGACACAAUUUGCUACCGAAAGUCCAGCCUCCAUAAUAGUGCUGACAGAAGCUGACAGUGAUGAUGAUGUCUCUGAAGAAAUGCUGACUCCGCCCACACAUCAGCCACAAUGGGGGGAGGAUGUCCUGACAGAAUGUGCAACAGAAGUCAGCUAUCAUCAGCCAGAUAUGUCACCAGCUGUAGUACAAGUCAGCAGUCAGCAACCAAAGUCACUUGAUGUUCAGUUAGGAGAAAUCAGCCAUCAGCAAGCACUGCAGGCUCAGUCAGCAGAAGUCAGCCUGCACCAAAAAGUGGCGGCUCACUCAGCAAUGCAACAAUUUGAACCCCAGUCAGCGGAAGUCAGCAGUCACCCACAGAUGAAAGCAGUAUCAGCAGUCAGUGGUCAGCAGGAAGUACAGGCAGAGCUAUUAGAAGCUCAUCAGGGCAUAGAGAAAGUCAGCACUCCUCAACUAGUGCUGACUCAAUUCGCCAGUGAGAGUGCUGUAUUAUCACCGGUGCUGACAUGUGCAGACGCUGACUCUACAACAUCUGUAAGAGUGCUGACACUUCCUUCUCAGCCGCUGAUUGCCCAUCAAUCAGCUCUGGAGAUAGAGACAGAAACCACUGCUGAUCUGUCAAUAGGUAGCCAAGUCAGUAGUCAGCACCCACUACAAGUACAGCACGCAGAGUUAGUCAGCACCUCUGAACAAAUAGAAACACCUGCAGCAGAUGAUGUUGCUACUCAGGAUCCACUUCUGACAAACAUCUCACAGGAAGUCAGCAGUCAGAAACAGCAAGUGCUGACACACUCAUUAGGUGAGGUCAGCAUGCCUCAAUCAGUAUUAACUCAGUUUGCAAGCGAGGCCUCUACUCCAAGGACUGUGCUGACACGUGCUGACACUUCUCAAACAAUGCUGACACCUUUGCCACAGCAGACUGUCAGGCAUCAAACAGUGUUAACAGAAUGCACCGCAGAAUUCAGCAGUCAGCCACAAGAGGAAGCACUACAAGCAAAACUCAGCAGCCAUCGACCUGUAGAAGUUCAGUCAGCAAUAGUCAGCGGUCAGCAGGUAACCGAGACAUGGUCUGCAGAAAGUGUUAUUCAGCAGCCAGUGAAAUUUCAACCAGAAGUCAGUAGUCAGCGAGAAGUGAGGCUUGAGUCAGCAGAUGAUAGAAUUCGACAAACGGAAGAUUCACAGUCAGCAAAAAUCAUAAUUCAAGAAGAAAUUAAGGGAAGAAUAAGUCAGCACGAAGGGCAACAGAUCAGCAGUGACCAUUUCAUACAGAACGUCAGUCAUUCCCAGGAAAUGGUAUCAGAGUGUGUAGAGGAAGUCAGCACAUUAAAACCAGCGCUUCGUCGACCCGUGCUGCAGGUAGAAAGGGAGCAGCCUAUGCUGACUCAUUCUGCAACUGAGGUCAGCAUCCCACAGCCACUGCUGACACAGUUUGCCAGUGAAAACGCUGCUCCAUUACCGGUGCUGACACAGGCUGAUGAUGAAGGGACACUUUCCAAAACAGUGCUGACGCCCUUGCCUCAUCCAACUACCAGUUCCCAACAAGUGCUGACCACAGCUGUGGAAGGAGUCGGAUAUCGUCCCCCAGAAGAGCCACAGGGCGUGAUACAAGUCAGCAGUCUGCAACAACCACAACUGAGUGAGGAAAAUGUCAGCACUUCUCAAGCAAAGCUGACAGGAGGAGAGACAGAAUUUAGCACCCAUGAACUACCACAAGCAAUACAGGAAGUCAGCAGUGAGCAGCAAUCAGUGCUGAUGGAACAGAAAGUCAGUACUCAGCAAGCACUGGUGACGCAUUCACUGGGUGAGAUCAGCACUCAGCAGCCAGUGCCAAGACGAGUGACAGAUAAGGUCAUUGGUCAACAACAACCAGUACUGACACACUCAGCGACUGAGGUCAGCAUUCCUCAGCCAGUGGUAACUGAGUUUGCAAGUGAAUUUCCCUCACCACUACCAGUGCUGACACAGUGUGAGACUGACAUCCCCACUUCUCAGGCCGUGCUGACCCUUCCAUUAUACCAAGCAGGGAGUCAGCCACCAGUUCUGACAGAGGUUACAGCAGAUGUCAGUCAUGCUCAGCCACAAGUCGCACAAAGUGUGAUGCAAGACUUGAGUCAGCAUAGACUACCGCAAACACGGGUUGUGCAAGAUGUCAGCAGCCAGCAACAGCAGCUGCUGACACAUUCUACAAGUGAGGUCAGUAUUCCACAAACAUUACUGACUCAGUUUGCAAGUGACAGCCAUUCUCCAGUGCCAGUGCUGACACAACCCGAUGAUGAAAUAGCCACUUUCCAACCAGUGCUGACAUUCUCACAGCAAAGAAGUGCUCAACAACCAAUGCUGAUUCAAUCUGUGGCCGAAGAAAGUCAGUUUGAUAUACCAGAGGAGUACAUCAGCUGUCGGCAACCAGACGUGACAAAGCCUGUACAAGUCAGCAGUCAACAGUCAAUGAGAGCACAGUUCACGGUUAGAUUCAGCACUCCACAUCAGCAAUCAGUAGAGGAAGUCAGCACGUUACAGGAGAUGCUACCAAAGAGUCUUGUUCAGGUUAGCACUCAGCAACAGCCCACAACUCAAUCACUGCAAGAAGUCAGCAGUCAGCCUUCAGUAAAACUUGCAGAGCAUUUCAGUGGUGACCAGGAGGAACUGACAGGUGCUGAGGUAAAACUCAGCACUCAGCAUCCAAUAACAAGUCAACUUGUGCAAGAAACAGAAUAUCAGCCAGAGGUGCUGAUUCCUAUCUCUCCUGAGCGCCAUGUCCCACAGAUGGCGCUGACACAUGCCACACAUGAAGUCAGCACACACCCUGAAAUACUGACUCAGUUUGCAAGUGAAAGUACUGCCCCAUUACCAGUGCUGACACAGGCUGACAGCGAACAUCAGAGAGUGCUGACACUACCCGUGCAGCAUUCAGUCAGUCAGCCACCAGUGCUGCCUCAGUAUACAGUUGACACCAUGCAACAACAGCAAGGAGUAAUGCAAGCUAUGGAGCAAGUCAGCAGUCAGCAGCCUUCUGAAGUCAGCACUCAUGAACCUGCCCUGGCGCAGUCUGUAGAGGGAGUCAGCACUCAACAUCCACAGACAACCAUAUGUGGUGAAAUCAGCACUUCAUUGCCUAGUAGUGGAGUCAGCACCUGGCCAGGAGUGCUGAUACCAUCCUUCUCGCAAAUGCAGAGUCAGCAACCUGUACAGAUGGAGACUACUGGAGAGUUAAUGUAUCCUCGCUCAGUGCUGACUAAAGUUAUAGGGACUGUCAGCAGCCAGGAAGCAUUGCAACCACAACAGAGAAAGAUCAGCAGUCAGCAAUUACAGCAAUUACAUGCACUGCAGAGAGUCAGCAGUCAGCAUAUGUUACAGCCUGAAGUGCAAGAAGUCAGCAGUCCACCAUUGCUUCAGGCACAGAUGCAGGAAGUCAGCAGUCAGCAAGUGUUUCAACCAAAAGUGCAAGAAGUCAGCAGCCAGUCAACAGUGCAUGGAGUCAGCAGUCAGCAGGUGCUUCAACCACAAAUCCAAGAAGCCAGCAGUCAGCCAAUAGUGUGCGGAGUCAGCAGUAAACCAGUACUGCAGGAAGUCAGUAGUCAGCAAGACCUUCACCCAGAGUUACAUAAAACUACUAGUCAGCAAGCAGUACAUUCAACAGUAUUGCAGCAAGUCAGCAGUCAGCAACCAGAAGUAAUUCAUGGAGUCAGCAGUCAGCUAGAAUCAGAUUUGCAGGAGAUCAAUCAGCAAGCAGUGGAAUCAUGUGUCUUGCCUGGAGUCAGCAGUCAGCAACUACAACCCCAGGAAGUGCUACAUGAGGCCAGCACUCAGCAGACAGCUCAACCAGAGUCAUUACAGGAAGUCAAGCAUCAGCACUUAACAGAAGCACCAGUCAUAGAGGUCAGUCACAUCACACCAACUCCUGUGGAAGAAAUCAGCAGUCAGCCAUUACAGCCACCUCAUGGAGUCAGCAAACAGGCACUUCUGUCUCAAAAGGCAAGUGAGAUCACAAGCGCAUCACCAGUGCUGACGCGAGCUGACAGCAUGGACAGCACCUCCCAGAGUGUGCUGACAUUUUCCCUUCCCCAAAUUAGUACCCACGAAACUAUGCUGACAGAAGCUGUGCUGGAACUGAGACAUGAUCACCCAAAGGCAAUGCGGGUGGUGGAGCAGGUCAGCAGUCAGCUGUCACCACCAGUUCAGCCUGCAGAGGAAGUCAGCACACCUCAAGUCUCCCUGACUCAUGCAGAAGCUGAUGUCAGUAGUCAAGAAACACUACUGGCUGAGGACACGGCGCAAGUCAGCACUCAUCAGCACACGAUGCAGGCAAAGCACACAGAGAAAGUCAGCAGUCAGCCGGCACCAGAGGCAAAGAAAAGAAAGGUGGUCAGCAUUCAGCCUCGCCCAGUGAGGGUGAAAGUUGUUCGCGACAAAUCACCAGAUCAACAAUUCAGCACGCCAGGGGUACAAGAGACACAUGGGGCACUAGUCAGCAGUCAGCAGGAGGGUAAGGAACACAUACAGGAAACACGGGAACCAGCGCCCCUCACACAGACCUCUUCCCUGCCACAUAGCCACGCCCCAGCAGUGCCCCAGGCUGCCCCAUCACCCCUCCAGGCAUCAAGGGUACAGGAACCAUCGUGCCACACCCCAGCAAUGCCCCAGGUCACCCCAGAGGCUUCCAGCAAGGUAGGGAUGCUACAGGUUCCCCAGCAAAGUGUCCUUGAGGAAACACACCCACCACCAGCUACGUUAGCACCCCAGACUGUGCUAGGGGUGGCGACGCUGCUCACCCCACAGAGCUCUACUGACGAAGGGAGCUCCCCCACCACGCAGGACUCCCUCACGCCCCCCAGCUCAGUGGAUAGCAGUCUCGCCCUCACCUCCCUCACUCCGCAGAGUUCCUUAGAUGAUGUCCUUACCACCCAUACAGUUGCCCUGCCCAAAGCAACGCCGCCCAUAGCAGUGCAGGUCCGGGCCGUCACAACCACCCUGGAGGCCACGCCCACGCCCACGACCGCACCCAUGUCCAGGUCCAUGCUCCUGAAGAAAUCCUGUGCAGUGAGUCUAGGGGAAGAGGAGGCGGAGAGAGUAGCCUGUUUAGACCAACCUACUCUUGGUUCCAGGGUCGCGUCAGCCUGGAAGGGCCCCCGUGGUGUGCCUGGAAGCCGCCCACCACCCAUGGAGAGUCACCCCCAGGAGGCCCUCGCCCACCAAGCCCCAGUCAUCUGCGUGCACCAGGUGGAGGACGCCCCUGUGUGGGAGCCCCUAGAGGCGAAGGAGUUAAUUGUACCUGAUGUGAAAGGUAUUCUGCCCGUUGUGAGUGUGCUGGCCGCCACGACCACCACACCCCUCCCACAGCCCACCACGACCACCACACAGACCACCACGACCACCACACCGACCACCACGACCACCACACCAUUCCUACAGCUUACCACGACCACCACACCCCUCCCACAGCCUACCACGACCACUACACAGCCCACCACGACCACCACACCCCUCCCACAGCCUACCACGACCACCACACCCCUCCCACAGCCCACCACGACCAUCACACCCUUCCCACAGCCCACCACGACCACCACACAGCCCACCACGACCACCACACCCCUCCCACAGCCCACCACGACCACCACACCCCUCCCACAGCCCACUAUGACCACUACACACCCCACCACGACCACCACACCCCUCCCACAGCCCACUACGACCACCACACAGCCCACCACGAUCACCACACCCCUCCCACAGCCCACUACGACCACCACACAGCCCACUACGACCACCACAUCCCUCCCACAGCCCACUACGACCACUACACAGCCCACCACGACCACCACACCCCUCCCACAGCCCACUACGACCACCACACUGCCCACCACGACCACCACACCCCUCCCACAGCCCACUACGACCACCACACAGCCCACCACGACCACCACACCCCUCCCACAGCCUACCACGACCACUACACAGCCCACCACGACCACCACACCCCUCCCACAGCCUACCACGACCACCACACCCCUCCCACAGCCCACCACGACCAUCACACCCUUCCCACAGCCCACCACGACCACCACACAGCCCACCACGACCACCACACCCCUCCCACAGCCCACCACAGCCACCACACAGCCCACCACGACCACCACACCCCUCCCACAGCCCACUACGACCACCACACAGCCCACCACGACUACCACACAGCCCUUCACGACCACCACACCCCUCCCACAGCCCACCACGACCACUACACAGCCCACCACGACCACCACACCCCUCCCACAGCCCACUACGACCACUACACAGCCCACCACGACCACCACACCUCUCCCACAGCCCACUACGACCACUACACAGCCCACCACGACUACCACACCCCUCCCACAGCCCACUACGACCACUACACAGCCCACCACGACCAUCACACCCCUCCCACAGCCCACUACGACCACCACACAGCCCACCACGACUACCACACAGCCCAUCACGACCACCACACCCCUCCCACAGCCCACCACGACCACCACACCCCUCCCACAGCCCAUCACGACCACCACACAGCCCACCACGAUCACCACAACCCUCCCACAGCCCACUACGACCACUACACAGCCCACCACGACCACCACACCCCUCCCACAGCCCACUACGACCACCACACAGCCCACCACGACUACCACACAGCCCAUCACGACCACCACACCCCUCCCACAGCCCACCACGACUACCACACCCCUCCCACAGCCCACUACGACCACUACACAGCCCACCACGACCACCACACCCCUCCCACAGCCCACCACGACCACUACACAGCCCACCACGACCAUCACACCCCUCCCACAGCCCACCACGACCACUACACAGCCCACCACGACCACCACACCCCUCCCACAGCCCACUACGACCACUACACAGCCCACCACGACCACCACACCCCUCCCACAGCCCACUACGACCACCACACAGCCCACCACGACCACCACACCCCUCCCACAGCCCACUACGACCACUACACAGCCCACCACGACCACCACACCCCUCCCACAGCCCACCACGACCACCACACCCCUCCCACAGCCCACUACGACCACUACACAGCCCACCACGACCACCACACCCCUCCCACAGCCCACCACGACCACUACACAGCCCACCACGACCACCACACCCCUCCCACAGCCCACCACAGCCACCACACAGCUCACCAUGACCACCACACCCCUCCCACAGCCCACCACGACCACCACACAGCCCACCACGACCACCACACCCCUCCCACAGCCCACCACGACCACCACACAGCCCACCACGACCACCACACCUCUCCCACAGCCCACCACGACCACUACACAGCCCACCACUACCACUACACAGCCCACCACGACCGCCACACCCUUCCCACAGCCCACCACGACCACCACACCCCUCCCACAGCCCACCACGACCACUACACAGUCCACCACGACCACUACACAGCCCACCACGACCACCACACCCCUCCCACAGCCCAUCACAGCCACCACACAGCCCACCAUGACCACCACACCCUUCCCACAGCCCACUACGACCACUACACAGCCCACCAAGAAAACCACACCCCUCCCACAGCCCACCACGACCACUACACAGCCCACCACGACCGCCACACCCUUCCCACAGCCCACCACGACCACCACACCCCUCCCACAGCCCACCACGACCACUACACAGCCCACCACGACCACCACACCCCUCCCACAGCCCACCACGACCACCACACAGCCCACCACGACCACCACACUCUUCCCACAGCCCACUACGACCACUACACAGCCCACCACGACCACCACACCCCUCCCACAGCCCAUCACGACCACUACACAGCCCACCACGACCACCACACCCCUCCCACAGCCCACUACGACCACCACACAGCCCACCACGACCACCACACCUCUCCCACAGCCUAGCACGACCACCACACGCUCCAAAUCCCUUUUCACAUCCCCAUCACAAUAUCAUUCAGCACCCACACCCCCUGUGCAUCCUCCCCAAGACCUCUCUUCAUCAAAACAAGCUUCUCCCCAACCAUCUCCCACAGAUCCUCCCCUGAAACCUCACAUAAUUCCUUUGAAGCUUGAUCCAUUCUUUCACCCCUCUCCCCUGGCUACCUCCACCCCAACAGAACAAGCUACCGGGGUGUCCAAGGCCUUCUCUCCCCCUGGUAUUGUGACACACCCCAGUAUCUCUCCAAGGACACGAGUUACAGAAUCUGGUGUGCCUUCUGGGGUGCCUCCUGGGGUGCUUCCUGGGGUGUCUCCUGGGGUGCCCACUAGGGUGCCUAUGGGGACGCCUCCAGGGGUGUCUAGGAGGCCCCCCAGGUUAGGCAGGGGUGCAAAACCUGGGGUGAGGCGUGUUAAAGUCAGAGACAUGUCAAGUAUGAGUUCUGGGGAGGAGGGAGAGCUGGAGGCCCGGGGUGGGGAGGAGGGGGAGGAGGUCACCCCUGCCGUGUAUGGUGGGGGUGAUGUGUGCACCACAGCACCCCCACCCCAUGACAGUGUGAUGUCUCCCACCACUGUUCACACCCCUGACACCACCACCACAGCACACCUGCCCCCACACCCCUACACUUACACCCCACACACACAGGAAGAGGAGGAGGAGGAGGAGGAGGAGGAGGAGGGCUGUGGGCCCCUCCCCCAGGUCACUCCAGUAUUGAGACCUCAGUACAAACCUCCUGCAGGUGCCCCUCAUGCCCCUGCAGGACUCCUCCCCCCGCCCAGGACUCCCACAGGAACCCCGGCGCAGGUCCCAAGCCCCGGGGCGCCGCGGGGCGUGGCGGGGGAGGUGGCGGGAUGGAAUGAGCCCCCAGCACACAUCCUCAUCGUGCCCACCACCACCACUGCAGCCCACGCCUUCCCCACCGCCACGCCCACGUCCACCCCCACGCCCACAGCCACAUCCACAGCCACGCUCACAGCUACGCCCUCAGAUGCCUUACCAGGACAAACCGGUGCCUUAUUGUCUCUACACGCCCCCCCGCCGGCCACCCCGCCCCCCGCGCCACCCCGCAUCAGGCCACCAGACCCAAGCUCCGAGGCCAGCCACUCCGGGGUGGAGUCUGAGGACGUGUCCCUGGCCGAGGACGCCCUGAUGGUGUGUGAGGGCACGGUGGGGACGCGGGCGGGGCCGGGGCGUGUGGCAGACGUGGAGGGAGUCUGGAGGGAGGGAGAGGAGGAGGGGAGGGAAGGAAGAGACCCAGGGGAGCAUCGCGCCCCUCCACCCCCUUACUCCGGGGAGGGCGUGUGGCGCCCCGCUCCGGGUGGGGAGUGGCCAGCCCGAGGCGCCACUCUCGCCCCGCCCCGCGCAGCGACCCGCCCCGCAGACACGAUCGCAGCCGCAGCCAGGCUCAGCAGGACUCGGGAGGGCGUGCCAGUGGAGGCGCCGCGCCUGGGGGAAGCCCAGUGGGACAGGAAGGCUGCCAGCGCCUCGCCACGCCAGACUGAUCCGUCCAUUCCCGCCCGGGAAGCCAGGCCGCUGCCCCGCCCCACUCUCGGCGAUGCCCCAGACUCUCUCCACCAAAGGGGAAGCCCCUUGCUGCCAGGUGACGUCCCCCGCAAGCAGCCCCUUGUCGUCCCUGCCAUCACGCCGCCCACCGCGGCCUGGACUCAGCCCGCCCAUCACGCAGACAGAGAAGCCCAGCGUGGAGGCGCCAGACCCACAAGGCACGCCGCCGUGGAGGACCCGUCGUGGUCCCAGGACAGCCUGCUGCCCCCGCUGCGGGGUGCGGGCGACCAGGCUAUCAUGCCCCGCUGCGAGGCCGCCCAGUCCCGCGGGGAGCGGCAGAGGGAGCAGUCGCCGCCCAGCGUGGCCAGCCAGCUGAGUGCUGAGCUGCAGGCGCUGGUCAGCAGCUUCCGCCAGGCGGCCAGCGCCCCGCCCCAGCGCCCCACAUCCCUCUCCAUUUCGUCCGCUGCCUCCCCCCCAACCAGAGCUUCCUUCAGGAAGCACACGUAUCACCAGGCGCCCACCGCCCCGCCCCUCAACACCCGCGGGAGCUCAGGCUCGUCCUCCCCCGGGGUGACGGUGACGGUGUCGGAUUGUUCCCGAGGCGGGGCGGAGGGCAGGGCGGAACGACGCGUGGAGGCACUCAGCUCCCCCACGUGGCACGGCAGCUUCCUGCUGGAGCGGGACCUCGCCGCGGCGGAGGACGACUGGGGCGCCUCAGACGAGAGCAUCACCUUCGUGUUCAUGACCCCCGAGGAGGAGGCCGCCACGCGCCCGCCCGCCGCCCACUCGCCGCCCGCGACCUCAGGGGACCACUACCGCAGCUCGCCCGACCUGUCCCAGGUGGGCCUGAGCCUCGCCCUGCCCCACGGGGCGCGCCGCACACACCCCUACGAUCUGUACCGCUCCGCGGGCGGCAGAUUAGCGCGCGCCGCGUCGCUGGAUACCGUGAGCCGCGCGCUGGGCCGCAUGGGCGCCGCCAGGCUGCGAGCGGGGCUGACGCGGACUUGCAGCCUGGAGGAAGAGGCGAGCCAGGAGCUGCGCGACAUCCUGGAGAGGGGACGCCGCUGUUCCUCAGAGGAAUCCCUGCAGGAGGGCACGCCGCCCCCCAGCCCCGCCCGCUCCGUGUCCCCGUCCCGCCUGACCAGCCCCACGCCAGCCUCCCCCAGUCAUGCGCCCCGCCCCGCCACCACCAGGGCGCCGCCACCCGCCGCUGCCUCACCCUCACCGUCGCCGCCACCGUCGCCAGGCCGCAGCUGGGGCGAGGCGUCGUGGCAGGACAUGAAGAGCCUCAUCCUGGGCUGCCCCGCUCCCCCGCCCGCCGGGCGCCGCCUGUCCUCGGAGAGCAGCAGAUCCUCGCCGCAGCUGCACCGCCGCGCCGCCGCAGACGGCUUGCCCAAGAAGGCCGUGUCCUGGACUGACCUGCACGGCGGCGGCGACCUGGAGACUGAGGUGCCGGAAUGGCAGGAGGAGCGCGCGCCGCAGCCCCCGCCCCCCGCAGGCCCCAGCCCCAGGCUGCGCUCCAUCAUGAAGAAACCUUCCCUGACGCCCAUCGCGCCCACACCUCCGCCCCCCUCAUCCCCAUCACCCGCCCCACCCAAACAUUUCUCCCCGCCUCCACCACCACCCAUGUCCCCACCCAAACCUCCGCCCCAAGCGGCCACGCCCCCCGCCCCUGAGGCCUCCAGCGACGAGGACUCCCUGCCCCUGCCGCGCUCCAACCUGCGCCACCUCUUCGCGCUGCGCCUUCCGCAGCACAUUCGAGAUCGUGUGCUGCGUGGUGCCCCCGCCCAGGACCCCUCCCCGCCCCCCACCUCCACUCCGACCGUGGUGUCGCCCCCCUUGCCUCUCCGGGCCCCGCGCCCCAGCCUGCAGGGCGAGGCGCGGGUGCGCCCUUCUGCCUCGCUGUCCACGGAGGAGGGCGGCUCCAGCACCUCCCUGUCCUCGGCAGUGUUCCCCGCCUCGCGCGCCGCCUCCUCCUCGGGCGUGUCUUGCUCCGGCUACUCCUCCACGGGCGCCAUCUCCUCCCCGGGGGGCUUUUCUCCCCUGCGUGAGGCCACCACCGCCUCGCGGGUCCUGGACGCCCUCAGUCCGGGCCGCCCCGCGCCCCCACACACCCGCACUUCCUCGUCGUCUGUGCCCUCCACGCCCACCGACGGAGUCUUCACGGCGCCCGCCUCGCCCAGCACCACGCUGUCCGCGCCAACCACGCCCACACUGGAUGCCCUGGCGGGGGGCGGCGUGGGCGGCGAGAGUGUCGGAGGGACGGGCAUGGGGCGGUGCCACAGCGAGGGGGACCUGGCAGGGCGGGGCGAGGCGGGGCUGGGCCACACCUGGCAAGCGCUGUCCCGCGUGGUUCAGGAGGCGGGCCAGGUGCUCAAGACGCUCUCUGAGACGUCCCUCGUUCUGCGCCAGCAGGCACUCAGCCCCGCCCGCUCUGUGCCGCCCCUGCCGCCCCUGCUGGAGGAGGGCGGCGGGCCCGGCAGGAGGGUGUGCUCAGUGGCUGUACAGACUGACCCCCGCCACGUGCGCGGCCUGUGGCGCGACGCCUGCACCAGCUGCGACUCCCUCAGCGACGGCGAGACCUCAGAGAGUGGCGGCCACUACCGCGCCGCCGCCGCCACCACGCCCUCGCGCCGCUGGCUGGACGUGCCGCGCCAGCACUCCGCGCCAGCCCUCUCGCACCCGCGCGGCCUGCACGAGUGGCGGGAGCGCCGGGAGCGCCUCAGCCGUCCCGGGGGGUACGGUGGGCGCAGCUCCUCCUCGGAGUGGGACUCCCCGUCCCCCGGGGCGGAGCGCGAGCUGGGUGCACACCGCUGCCUGGCGCUGCACCAGCGGCGCGUGGAGGAUUCCUGCCGCCGCCUUGAGGAGCGCUUGCGUCUUAGCGCGCACAAGCGACAUCUGCGGCGGCGCCUUCUGUCUGAGCACCACAACCACUACAACGCCCCGGGCCGCUGUGUGCUGCACUCCGCGCUAGACCUGUCCAAGACGCCCUUCUGUGACCAUGUGGGGCCCCCCGUGCCCUCCCCCUACCUGUCCACCCCCUCCCUGCCCACCGCGGCUACCCUCAGCCCCUCCCCCUCCUGCUGCUGUGUGUCUCCCGCCCACCUGCCGCGCCACCAGUACUGCCGCGCCCUGGCCAGCCCCUGCUCCGCCCACGCCCACUGGUCGUCCUGCCACGCCUCGCCCACGCCCACCCCCGCGCCGGAGCCCUGCUACAGCCCCGGAUACCGCGAGGCGCGCCUGCAGGCGUCGCGGCAGCAGUGUCGCGAGCAGCUGGCGGCGGCGCGGCGCCUGCUGGGUGGCUCCUCCUCCUCCCUGGGGGAAGGCAGCUCGCCGCCCAUGCCGCGCCGCCCGCGCCUCACGCCCGCGGGCGGCAGCCUAGACGCCCACCAGCGGCACCACCGAGCGGCCGCCGCCAGCCAGGACACGCCCUACCUGCGGGGCCACGCAGCUUCGCUCUCCUCGCUGCCGGGCGCGGGCGCGGCGUGGCGGCGCGGCGGCCUGGGGGGCGUGGACUCGCUGGGUUCCGUGGCCAGCGAGGGCGAGGCAGACCCGCGGCGAGCGUCGCGCUGGCGUGGCGACUCAGACCCCUGGGGGCGCUCCACGAGGCUGCGCUGACCCCCUCACUGCCCCUCCACUGCCCUCCCCCUCCCCCCGCGUGCCAUGUGCCCCCGCCCCCCUCCGUCUUCCAGGGACCCGCCCCCCCUCAGAGUGUCUUCAAUAAAGCUUCUCCUCAA